GCCCCGUACGCUCCUCUCUUUAGCUCCUCUGCUUUUUCUCAUUUGUUAAACUCCGCCUCCCUCGUAAGUCGCAUCGUCCAACUGAACUCAACUCAACUCAGAUCAGAUCGAAUCCAAAUCCAAUGGCUAUCACUUUCUCAGAUCUCCACACCGAAUCAGGCCUCAAAUCUCUCGAUGAGUUUCUUUCCGGAAAAUCCUAUGUUUCCGGAGACAAGCUCACCAAGGACGACAUCAAGGUAUACGCUGCCGUUUUGGUUAACCCCGGUAACUCUUUCCCCAAUGUUUGCAAGUGGUACGACGCCGUUUCUUCCCAACUCGCUGCAAGCUUCCCUGGAAAAGCUGUUGGAGUGAGAGUAGGUGGCAAAGGUGCCCCAGUUGUUGCUGCUCCUGCCAAGGAGGAAGCUGCUGCUGGAGAUGAUGAUGACCUUGACCUCUUUGGUGAUGAGACAGAGGAGGACAAGAAAGCUGCAGAGGCAAGGGAGGCAGCUAAGAAGCCAGCCAAAAAGAAAGAGAGUGGAAAGUCUUCUGUUCUUUUGGAUGUGAAGCCUUGGGAUGAUGAGACUGACAUGAAGAAGCUGGAAGAGGCUGUUCGGAGUGUUGAGAUUCCUGGUCUCUUUUGGGGAGCAUCAAAAUUGGUUGCAGUCGGUUAUGGGAUAAAGAAGCUCCAGAUCAUGCUUACCAUUGUGGAUGACCUUGUAUCUGUGGAUGACCUAAUUGAGGAGCGUCUUACUGUCGAACCUUGCAAUGAGUAUAUCCAAAGCUGUGACAUUGUUGCCUUCAACAAAAUCUAAGAAACUUCUUACUGGUUCUGGGUAGUAGCCAUUUUCAUUCGGCUAUAUAUUUUUUUUGUCGUUAGUUGUCAUCUCCAGUUACUGGUUUCUUUUUUUGAUGUGCUUUUGUUGUGGUUUUGUUUUCUAUAAUGGUGAGAGAUGAAAAUUGAACGUUUUGAAUCUCCUUGUCAUCGUGGCUACCUAAUGAUAUACUCUAAUUGAAAGCCUUUGUAGGCAUGUA